AUCUUCACAACAUAUACAGGGUACCAAAAAUGUAUCUACAAUAACUAUACCAUGGUAAAGUCCCUUCUGAAUCUGUGUCUUUCGGCUGUGUGCCAACAUGAGCUGAACAGUGAGCUGAGCUUCAUCCCAGUUGAGUGUCGUCAGAAAUUAUUAGAAUUUUUCUGUAGUCAUGACCAGCUUUCGGCAUCAGAUUGCUCGACACUCGUGUGCUCCAAAUACUUUGGCUGCAAUAUCCCAUCUCUAACAUUUUAUUUGUCAGCUGAGCUUACGGACGAGAUGCUCAAUCAACUGACCACCAACAAUAAAUAUGUGGAGAAAAUCACGCUGGUCGAUUGUCCAAACGUCACUAACCUCGGAGCACAGGCGGUCACCACAGGACAAAUUCUGCUGAGACAGUUGGAAUUGAGGGCAAUGCACCAAUUGACAGAUCAGUGUUUGGAGAAUGUGUACAGUCCAUUUUUGUACUCGGUUGAUUUAUCUGGAUGUGGAAAGAUUACGAGCCAAGGAAUUCGAACUCUUCUCAUCAAAAACCCGACGAUCGGAUGUUUAUACUUAAACCACUGCCGCUCCCUCGACGAUCAAGUAUUGUAUGACAUUGCUCACUAUGUUGGAGAUCGGCUUCAUGUUCUCGAGCUCGACUUCCCAACAUCCUUGGCUGAUCCAGCUGCUGCUCUUCACUACUUGUCCUCCCAAUGCCCAAACCUUUCACAGCUGUCCUUGGCUCGAUUUUUCCACGAGAACCUUGAGGAUGUUGAAAACAAUGUUCAGUUUGUGAUCGAUGGAGGGAAUUUGAAAACAUUGGAUUUGUACGGGAAUUACUUUUCAUUAAUGCCACAGCUUCCACCAACAGUUCAAUCGAUUCGAUUAUCAGUGUCUGGAGAUGAAGACUCACAGCAGUUGCUCUCCACUUUAAUGGAUCAACCGUUUUUGAACAGUAUCAAUUUAAUUGUAUCAGUUAGAGAAGCUAAUAUUCAAGCCGUUGACAAUGCAAAUCACCUUCUCUGUGCCAUUAUCCCACUUCUUGGACAUAAAAUCACCAAGCUUCAAAUAUCAGUUCCACGUCUUUUCGAUGAACCUCUGAAACUUGUCACAGAAUACCUUCCAAAUCUAACUCACCUUUCUCUUGAAAUCAAUCAUCUCAAUACCAAUAUUCUCCAAAAAUAUUUUGCCGGUGGCUCAAAAUCGAAUGCUUCAAAGUUGAAAUGUUUGAAGAUUUGUCGAAUGAGAAUGACAUAUCGAGUUCUUUUUGCAAUUGCUCGUGGAGCUCGUAAUCUCACUGAUCUUGAAACUUCACAUAUGUCCAGCGUUGAUGAUCGAUUUUUAUGUCUUUUGGGUGGAAAUUGCCGACAAUUAAGAUGUUUGAAUAUUAAUGGAUGCAGAAUGGUCAGCGAUAAAGGACUGGCGGUUUUGGCAAAACGUUGCCCUCUCCGUGAAGUCCGAAUCCGUGGCACCGCCUGCACUGACAAGUCCAUCUAUACACUGGCACAAUUCUGUCCAGAGCUCGAAUGGAUCUCAUAUGCCGACUAUUCAGGUCGUCCAAAAUUCUCCGAUGCUGCACUUCAAUGUCUUCGUGAUUCUUGUAUUCAGAAAGUUAUUUGUUGAAUUGUUUUAAGUUCUACAUAUUUUUUCUUACAGGUCUAAAAGUUUGUCUGACAAUUUUUUUAAAACAAUAUUAAUAUGAAUAUGUAAUUUCUGUAUGUUUGCCGUGGGAUACCUCAAAAGAUAUUUAAAGUCCAUGUCUGAUUUAAAUAAAAUAAAACAUUCCUAUUCG